AUGGCAUCGUUCGCUGACGGGGUCGAUGCCCUGGACGGCCUCAUCGAGCAAGCACUGUCGUCAGCAGAUGGGCUUGUCGGAAUGGUAGACGUGAUCCUCGAGAAGUUAAUUGCUAUUGGUAUGGCUGUGUGGCUGUAUCUGAGUCCUCACCAAGUAGGCAUCCACCCUUCAAACAGAUAUGGAUUGGGCAUCAAGGCUCACGGGGUGCACAGGCUGGGGGCUAAGAUCGUGAGGAACAAAUUUAGUUUCGCGGCAGCGGCUGGUUUAGUUUGCACCGGAGAUAAGAGUGGCACGACUGCGCAGUAUACCCAGGAGUUUCAGAGAUCGUUGAAUCUGUUUGGCAAAUCCCCGCCCGAAUUGAUUAUCGCAGGGAGCGUGAGCUCUGGGCAUGCGAAUCAGUUCCUGGUGGCUUGCUUAGAGAGAGUUGAGACGAAGGAGAAAACGUUGUCCGACAUCGACGGUCGCAUCGACACGGGGCAGAUCCAAAGCAAAGAUAAACACUUGGAAAAAGCACUUGACACUGGGUUGAGGUGGUUGAUGGUGAAAAAGGAAGCAGAGGAACGCUGGCCAAAACUUCCAGGUUUGAUCCAGUCGGCAAAGCAGACGACGGGCCAGGUGCAGAGUGACGAAACGCAUUUCGAGCUCUUGCUUCACAUCCAGGCCAUUGCAUCCGAGCAGGGGCGCGACGGGUCCGUAAUCGACUGGGCGAGGGUGAAGACCGAGGCGAGCAAAUCGGAAUCGAAGUACGUUGACGAUAUCGACGCAUGCGCGGACUUCGUGGCGAAAUAUGGUGGGGGGUCCCAGGGCCAGUUCAUCAAGGACCUCGUGCAGUUCGUGUCAAGGUGUGCGCCCGCUGGGCGCCUGGUGGGCGGGUGCGUGUUCGAGACAUUGUGCAGGGCAAAGCUCGCGGCGACGGAGAUGAUGCCCCACCUGGUAAUGGCCGUCGUCAAGGCUCACGUGAACGCCCCCCCCGAGUCCGUGCAGAGUCGAAUGUGCAGGUUUGUGACCCGCUCAGAGAUCGUGUCCCUCUUCGCUAGCACGGAGGCGAAGUCUAAAGCGAUGGCAGCAGAGAAGGCCCUGCGGCAUCUUCACAGCGUUUCCAGGCAGAUCGAUAUCGAUACGAUUGAACGCAUUCCGAUCAUAGGUAAGGCCGACCAGUUGAUAGCAAUGUUGUUGUUAGGGAAAAAGGUGGAUGAACGAUACGCAAACAUCGAGUGCGUCGCUGACGAGUGCAUCGAGGCAUUGAAGGCAAAGCAAAAUGGUACCAUCGAGACCGGCAGUCCGUAUACCUGCCAGUCGGCCCAGAACGACAGCGGUGCCGAUGGGGACUCCGUCAAGCAGACCCCCUUCAGUGGCAUGCUGCAGUACGAUGCCAGCACGGGGGAGCUGGCGAACGCUAACAUCUGCAUCUUGGAGCAGAGAGGGCUUAAGGUUGAUGACGCCACCAAGCUGAAGAAGGUGAUGCAGAAUGGCUCCUUGCACCGCAUCGUUAUUCGGUGCCCCAUUCCAGAGUUCAUCGAGAAGUACUGCGGUACGAGAACCACGAGAGAGUUGCUCGCUGGGUGGCCCGAUGACGCAGCUUCUAAAUCUACCGAUCUCGUCGCGAUCAACAUCAAGUCAGCAAUUGCAAUGGCCAUGGUAUCUUUGACGUCGAAAUUCGAAGUCGAUGGGGGCGAUCUGAUGGCAGUCAGCAAACCCAACGUGGGCAUUUUCUCUAGGAAGAAGUUCCAGGCGAAAAAGUUGUUCAUCGUGCCGACGGCUCUGACCAUCAAGCAGUGCGGCGAGAGCGAUCGCCCCUACUUCGAUGUGCCCAGCCCUGAUGAGAGGAUCGCGGGGUCCUUCGGCGCGAAAGCGCCGUGCCUAGCUGUCAAGAUUAGGCACGUGGACAGCACGGAGUCGAAGCCGAAUUGCGCCAUCACUAAGCACUCGGUGGCCGUAUCUGUGGGCGACGCUAAAGUGCACGAUAUCAAGAUCCCCGUAGUCACCAACGUCAUGGCUCUGAACGCUGGAGACGAGCUCGCGCUUCCCAAGGUCGUGACCGCUGCCCCGAAGAGGCCCCCUCCGCCGACCAUCGAGGCGUCCACCAUGAAGAAAGUAGCGCGCAACGGGUUAUGGAAGAAACGAUUGAGGUCGAACCACGACGGGAUUCAGGGCACCACAACGACGGUACAUGGUCCGACCAUGGGCGACAUCAAGGGCAUCCCUUUCAAGGUCGUUAUCGACAGGCCUGGUGCCCCCCUGUAUGUGCAGCUGGAGGAGGACCUCGUGAUGUACUUGAAGGCGUGCUGCGAGUUCGAGAUCAAGUCGGGAACCGUCCACAGACAGCAUCCGUCCGAGAAGGUUCCUGCUGAGCUCAAGGUCGACACUAAGGAGUAUCCUGGGCUGAGCUUCUCUUACACCAAGAGCCAGUUCGUGCUGAAACGUACAGGCGAUGAUGACGGCCAUGUGAGCGUGAAAUACAGGACAGCGAGCUCCGCGGCGGAGGCGAUGCAGUUGUUCGAAUCAGCUCAGGCAGGUGAGGACUCUCAGAGCAAUGCUGGCACCUCCGACGGCGUUGCCGCCGACGACGAGAAAGAGGAGCUUGUCGAAGCCGAGGACGACUGA